AUGAAGCUUCAUUCUAUCUUGACUCUCUUGGCUGCCAUUGCUGGUGCCCAACAAACCAUCGCCGAUUGCACUGAUGAAGAGAUCAAAAAUGAUGAGUGCUACUUUCGAAGGAGGCUGGCUACCAAUGAAGAAUCAUGGGUAUCCAUCAAAGACCCGUGCAAUGAAAGGGCUUACAAGCUAUCACUUUAUGUGAACACACAUGUGUACCUGAUUGCAUCUCCCAAGGAGGAUGCCAACUCUGUAGGAGUGCAGGACUGUCCACAUGUUGUCAUGGAUGCCAAGUUUGGCACUGGCAUGUCGGAAGGCUCCAAGAUGGUUACUGUGCUUGCAAACAUCUGCCGUAGACAACGCAAAAGUGAAGGAAAAUGGGAUCUACACUUUUUCACCAACAAUUGUGCCAUCUUUGUCAAGAGCAUUGGAUCCAACUUGGGCAUCACAUGGGAUGAAACUGAAAAGGCAGCCUUUCGUGAGUAUGCCACUGGUCAGUUGAUGGCAUCAAAGGAAGCUGUCCGUAGAAUGUCAAGUCUCCGACGUCUUGGAGUGGACAUGAAGUCGGUUGUGGACCGUGCGGUGCAUUCCAUUACCAAUGACUUGCCUGAAAACAACUAA